ACCAUGGUUUCCUUAAAAAAAAGUCAUUUGUUGUUUCAUUUUCAGAUAUUUUCCGAUGAUUCACUUACUUGUUAACGUCAUUGUCUUUUGUCUAUAUACGUCAGUAAUUUAUUUAUGCAGUAGCCAAGGAACAAUAAAUCCGCCAGAAAAUGUUUCGGCUGUCCUAGCAUUCGGGGACUCCUUCCUUGAUACUGGGAAUAAUAACUACAUCAUAACACCGGGCAAGGCAAACUUUCUUCCAUAUGGAAAGGAUUUUAUGGGUGGAAAACCAACCGGAAGGUUCUCCAAUGGGAAAAACAUAGCCGAUUUUUUCGCCGAAGGAUUAGGAGUGAAGGAAUAUCUUCCAGCAUAUCUGGACCCUUCCUUACAAGACAAUGAUCUUCUGACGGGUGUAAGUUUUGCUUCCGGUGGCUCUGGAUACGAUCCACUAACAACCAACAUAUCGUCUGCUAUACCAAUGCUGGACCAACUAAAUUUGUUGAAACAAUAUAUUGGGAAUCUUACAAGGAUAGUUGGGGAAGAAGCUGUGAUGAAUAUAAUGAAAAAUAGUGUAUCAUUGGUAUGUGCAAGCACAAACGAUCUUAUUAUAUCCCUUCCGGCAAGAAGCUUAGAAUAUGAUGUCCCUACUUAUGAUCGCAUGCUGGUAAACUUGACCUUGAAUUUUAUACAGGAACUAUACAAACUGGGAACACGAAAGAUAGCUGUCUUUGGUGCACCCCCUACCGGAUGUCUUCCUGCAGAGAGAACAUUAUUUGGAGGUGUACUUAGAAUGUGCGUCCAGAAGCAAAAUGAAGCAGCACAAUUGUACAGCAACAUGCUAAAAGAACAGCUCCCAGUUCUUGCAAGUAGUCUUCCUGAAUCAAGGAUUGCUUUUGUCGAUUUCUAUAAUCCUCUAAUAAACGUCAUCAAUAACCCUCAGCAAUACGGGUUGCAAGUAACUGAUAGAGGCUGUUGCGGAACUGGUUUGCUAGAGGUGGUUUUUUUAUGUAACAAACUUAGCCCAACGUGCCCAGACGACUCUAAAUAUUUCUUUUGGGAUAGCAUCCACCUAUCAGAGAUUGGAUGUAACAUCUUUGUUAAUCAGAGUCUACCGGGUUUGGUGGAUAAUUUGUUCUAGUAUAAUCAAUGUUUGACGGGUGAUAUAAAUUGCUAGUGUGGAGAUAAUACACCAUGUCACAUAAUUAAAUAAAACAAUGGAAAUGUAUCCACAUCUAAAUCUGAUUAAUGUAA